UUCCAGGAAAAAAAAAAGAAGAGCUGCCAUCCAGCGCCUAUUGCAUGUCUGCAAAGCCAUCAAACAAUUUCAGCUUCCAAGAAACUGGAACUCCAUGCUCGAAUUCGGACUGAAAUUCGACGAAAUUUCGGUCUCACCUGAAAUUGGGUCCAAAUCCGGGCCGAAAUGCACUGAAAUUUUGAGGUCGAUAUCUGCUCACCUGUAUUUAUAAGACCAGGCCCUUUGAAUCACUUCCUUAGAGAGAGAGGACAUGGCGAAUUUCACCAUUGUUAGCAUGGUUUUAUUCUUUCUCUCUCUAGGUUUUAAGGACGUAUCUGCCAGAGGAGAUGAGCAAAGCCUCACUAUUAGAGGUUUUGCAGAUGGUGAAACUGGAUUUUGGUCUCGGAAUUUGCUCCUUAGUGAGGAUAAUCGGUUUCGAGAACUUGAAGAACUUGCUCGUGGCUACAUGACUAACGCUGAACUUGAAAAAUCAGUAAAGGAAUAUGCUCAGAAGUGUCGAAACAUUUCCAGGAUUUACAGUAUUGGGACAAGUGUGAAAGGUUUUCCACUGUGGGUGAUAGAAAUCUCUGACAAGCCAGGAGAAGAAGAGGCUGAACCUGCUUUUAAGUUGUUAGCCAACAUGCAUGGAGAUGAACCUGUCGGCCGUGAAUUACUUCUACUUCUUGCAAAUUGGUUGUGUGAAAAUUAUCUGAAAGAUCACUUGGCAACUUAUAUCGUUAGAAAUAUUCACCUUCAUAUACUUCCAACAAUGAAUCCUGAUGGAUUUUCUCUUAGGAGACGAGGUAAUGCGAACAAUGUUGACCUAAAUCGAGAUUUUCCUGAUCAAUUUUUUACAGAGAAUAAUGAUGACAACUUGCGGCAGCCUGAAACAAAGGCAAUUAUGAAGUGGAUGAUGGAGAGAAAAUUCAUAGCCUCUGCCAGUUUACAUGGGGGUGCUCUUGUUGCCAAUUAUCCAUGGGAUGGCUCCGAAGACACAAGGAAACAAUACUAUGCAAGUCCAGAUGACAAGACAUUUCGUUACUUGGCAAGUUUGUACAGCCAGUCUCAUCGUAAUAUGUCUCUGAGCAAAGAAUUUCAAGGAGGGAUAACAAAUGGAGCAUCUUGGUAUCCAAUAUAUGGGGGAAUGCAAGACUGGAACUAUAUACAUAGAGGUUGUUUUGAAUUAACACUGGAAGUCGGUGAUAACAAGUGGCCGAAAGCAGAAGAGCUUCCCGCUUUAUGGAAGGACAACAAAAUGAGUCUGCUAAACCUUGUUGCAAGUGUUGCCAAGAGUGGUGUCCAUGGAAGGAUCUUGUCAUCAAAAACAGGACUGCCUUUGCCUGCCUCUAUUAAGAUUAAGGACAUCAAUUACACGGUGAAAGCAGGCCAGAGAUUUGGGGAUUAUCAUAGGUUGCUUGCACCUAGUCAAAGCUAUGACGUUACUGCAUUCAUGCCUGGUUACGAGUCCAAGACGACACGGAUAUUGCUUGAAAAUGGAGCCAUGAACCUGGACUUCGUUCUUAUUCCAGAAGAAGAGCCAAAAGACCACAUGGAUCUAUGUAAUGGUUGCCAGUGUAACUGUGAUAACAAGGGUAAGCUUGAAGUCAUGGAGGUUUUUAACAGGAAUCAUUUUCAGAUAACCCUGGCUCUAAUUGCAAUUUCUGGCGUUUUAUGCCUUAUUUUCAUGGGGAGAUUAAGGCUAAAACUUCAAAAACGCAGGCAAUUGGUAGGCCACAAAAGGACAAUUGUUGCCUGAGUCUUUACUAAGGCUAAGUACCAGUCAUUUCAAUCAGAAAAUCCGGGUCUGAUUUCUGUUCAUAAAGGUCAGGCAGGUAUUGGGGAAAAUUAGAGUUGCAAGAUUCCAAGGCCUUUACUGUGUAGUGUGCUCCUGUGCGACCAUACUGUACAUUUACUUCCUAGGGUAGAAGAACUAGGGAUGGUACUAUAAAUCUACUCUUGGAAAAAAGACCUGCUCAAGAGCAUUUCUUCAAUGUGAAAUUUUGGGAUCGGGAUCCACAAUAGUUUCACCAAUUGAGUGUUUCCAAAGAAGAAAAAUUGGAUUUUGAGUUCCAAAAUAUUCAAGAUCUGAUUGUCUAAAAAGUGGAAAGACCCUUGUUGAAUGGUUGGAUGUAAAAAUUUUGAAGUGGUUGUGUAAUGCCCUGAAUUUCUUCCUCUUGAAAUUAGUUGCUAGGCUGAAGAGGUUACACUUUUUUAAUGGCUGUUGGUUAGGGGUUGCAUUUGUUA